AUGACUGAAAUCGUAUUGUCGUCCAACACAAGUAUCGAAGAAAUCAAUUCGAUCACGUCUGCAGGGACUUUCGCCGCAGCACAUUGCGUGUCGGAAGAUUUCCAAAUGAGUAGGGGUGUUGCGGUGCAGUUUAAGCUGAACUAUGGUCAUGUUAGCGUCCUCCUGGACCAAAGGGUCAGAGUAGGUGGGGUGGCAGAACUGAGGGUUGACCAGGAAAAUUAUUUUUAUAUUUUUUACCUGGUGACCAAAGUUUUAUACCACCAUAAACCAACUCACCAGUCCCUAGCCACCACAUUGGUCCAGUUAAGGGAUAGAUUGAAGGAAUUGUCAAUUAGUUCUUUAAUUAUCCCGAAACUGGGCUGUAAAUUAGAUGAACUUAAUUGGUACCAGGUUCAUGAUUUAUUAAAGACGACAUUUAACGGUAGUGAUGGCCUGCAGUUAAAAGUCACAGUUUACGAUCCUGAAAACUUUCAGAUACCAUCUCACAAUCUAGCCAAAAUAGAGAAGAAACCAAUUGAUUUUUUUAAUGGUUCGACGAAUUCCACAGUCAAAAUUCUACCCGUCGAAAUAACGUGCGCGUCGACAAACACGUUUUUCAAAAAUGUUUAGCAAAUAAAUUUUUAACACCAGAGUUGUGGGCGACCGCGACGGUGCACUUAGGACAGGUUGUCCGAGUCAGUGACAACUUCGUAAUAUGGGCAAUACAGGGCGAUGAUGUGAGGUUUUUUCAGACUUUGGAAGCCC